GUGACCUCGGCCCAAAAUCACAAAUCACAGAGCGAAAGUGAGACGCCCAACCCUCAAUCUGCCGAUUUCCAGGAUAAUUAUUUACGGAAUUUCUCACUUUUUGUGUAAAGUUUAACGUGGAGACAGGUAUGUUGUGAUCAUAUAGAAUCAGAAGUUGAAAGAAACUGUAGGUGCCAUUUUGUUGAGACCCGAUUCAUUGAAUUUCAAUACCACCGGUUCCUGAGGUCGUAGGAAACCACUCACCUGUAAUCCUAAUCUAGGUUCCGAAGGAGACUUCCAUCAGAUCUGUGGUUCCACCUGCUACCACUCCGUUGCUGGGGAAAAGAGACAAAGUUCUUUUUCAUCUCAAGGUCACCCAAUAGGCCAAUUUUAUGGACACAGGAGGUAACGGAGAGGGGCUGAACUGCUCCAAUGCUAGGCCGGUAAAGCUGGUGGUCGUAGGAGACGGUGCCGUCGGAAAGACAUGUAUGCUUUGGUCCUACACAAGAAAUGCAUUCCCUAAAGAAUAUGUUCCUACAGUGUUUGAUAACUUUUCACAGCUAAUGAAAGUCGGCGAUCAGAACGUGAAUCUAGGAUUGUGGGAUACGGCGGGGCAAGAAGACUACGACAGACUUAGACCACUCUCAUAUCCUCAGACAGAUAUAUUCUUAGUAUGUUACAAUGUAGUUGGUGUUGCAUCACAAGCAAACGUAGCAACUAAAUGGAUACCUGAAUUACAGCAUCAUGCACCCGGUAUACCUUUCAUUUUAGUCGGUACCAAAACUGAUUUGAGGGACGAUCCUAACCAUAUCAUUGCCCCAGCAGACAAGGGCAAGCUACCCUUCAGGAAAGAACACGGAGUGAGGGAAGCAAAGAAAUUAGGAGCAGUAGCCUACAUGGAAUGCUCAGCGUUAACACAGAAAGGCCUUAAAGAUGUCUUUGAAAAGGCUGUUAUGACAGUGCUGAACCCUCCUAAGCCAAGGACGGGCAAGAAACCGCUGUGUCGUAUUAUUUGAGUCCAGUAACAUGCCCUCUAGUGGCAUUCUUAUGUACAGUCCAUAUCUUUUCCUUCGUUCCAUCAUCUAUGACAGCUGUGGUCCACUUCCGUUUCACGUCUUCUGUAUCUAAUCUCUCUGCUGCAAGCCGAUGGUGCGUACACGGAGCGAGAAAAGAAAGGAAACUUUGUGCGGUGGACUUGUAUGCAGAAGAAAGAAGGGCUUUGUAUGGACUUUGUAAAAAUAUCUUAUCUUCCAUUAAAAUGGGAGAUGGAUACUUUUGAAGGCCUCUUCUUUCUUCUUCAUGUUCAGAAUAAUUAGCUGUAUUUAUAGCAUCUUGGGUGUGUUGACUAAUAUGCUCCAUCUCUAUGGCAAGGAGAUGGGGGCAAAUCCUGCACCAUGACCUUUAAACUAAUAAAGGGGAGCAUGAGCUUCCUUGUGGAACACCAGAUAUUGCACAAUGUGUUAUUAAUCUUAAUUUUAUUCUGGGGAAAUACCAUAGGAGGCGAGAUUAAUUGAAAUGUCUUUGUUGGAGUCUCUCUGAUUGAUCUUUUGUUUACAGGGGAGAGUCCAUAAGAACAAAUGCCUUUGAGGUGAUGCAGAUUCAUACCAGAUGUAUUUAGGCUAAAACUUGUUUAUACAUGUAGCAACUGUUAUGUAUUCCAAUGAGUAGCAGUAGUGUUAAACUGACAACGGUCCAUACAUCAUCAAGUUGAGAGUUCUAUCGCCAACCAGGGCCCAGUAAAAAAAAAGUUGGGAUUGAUUGCAAAUUCCAUUCAAUAAUUCUGAUUGGUUUGUAUCGGUCCAUACAUCAUCACGUCAGGGUUCUAUUUCUAACCAGGACCCAGUCACACAAAAGUUGUCAUUGAUUUUGCAAAUUCCAUCCAAUAAUUCUGAUUGGUUGAUAGUGGUUAUCAUGAAGUCUAGAUUGACCUCUGUCAUAUUUAUGAUUGAUGGAAGAACUUUGGUGUAACAUGGCCCAUUUAUAUGGCCCACUGAUAUCAGAAUGAUGAUUGUUGGAAUGGUUGGUAUGCUGGUGUAUGGGCACAAUGUACAACCUCAAACUUCAAAUUCUCACCUAAAGGCCUGGUCGCACCGCCAAAACUUUGCUGGAGCGGUGAAAAAAUAUUCAUCACCGCUCGUCACCGUUCACCACCGUUUAACAGAAGCUGGCCCCCGUUAAGGCAACGCCGUAUAUGCUCGGCCACCGCUGAUGGUCCCUCCUACCGCUUCGAAAGUCGAGCAGUAAAAAGCAGGUGAUUUUCAUUUUGUGCGCGGUGACGAGCGUCGUCAAAAUUCGGCCUCCUCUCCCUACUGUUCAAGAAACGCUUCAACAAAGUUCGGGCAGUGUGACCAGGCCUCACACAGUAAUUUAAGAUAAAUAUGUCACUCCUGCCAAUACUGUAAUAACAUUAUUGUAUAUGUGUACAGUGAUUUUCCAACAAAAUUUUGCAUAUAUGGGGAUAGGACUGUUCAUUGUGUGAAAUGGUCUAUUCUUUUCUACUUCGCUAUGCAUUUAUACAGGAUGAAAAUACUCUUUUGCUCAUAUAACAGGUUAUUGAUCAUCAAAACCUCUCCAAUAUUCCUGAUUUUUCAACACCAUGGUUUUCACAAGUCAAAAAAGAUAAUUUUUAAAUUAACUUAUAAAUAUCUAUAUAUAUAUAAAUAUAUAUAUCUGUUGUAAAGAAAAAGUGAUAUGCAUGAUUUUUUUUCCACCUUUAAAUGUUAAAUGGUCACUAUAAUAUCAUUUGUCAUUGAGGAAAUACUGGUAUUAGUUAAUCAUGUGAUAUCCAUCUGUAUUAAUCCUGAACUCUUGAUUUUAUAUUCAUUGUAUAUAUAUAUCUAUACUUACAGUAUCCCUCUUGUCUCGUAUCUUAUUUUCGAAUUAUUUUCUAGUUAUUUCUCACUUUCGUGUUCCGACAACUUGUGUAUUGAUAUUUUGAAAGCAGUUGGUUGAAAACGAGGGACAAAUCACAAAAUUUUGCAUGCCAUUUGUAUCUUUGAAAUUGUCCAGGAAAGGCUGCUCUAUAUUAAAUCCAAAAUCCACCUCAACUGGAAAAAAAAAUUGAUGGAGAAAAAAAAAACAUGGGUAUCUGAAACUUUCAAUGUAAUUGGAUGUUAAUCUAAAAAGUUACGUUAUUUUAAAGUUUUUUUUGCAUGAUUAGUAUGCACAUUCAUAUUAAGUUCAUGCCCUUCAAAUUCAAAUUAAAUGGAUUGAUUGAGGGGGGGGGGGGGGGUGGAAUGAGGCAUGAAAUGAAUCCCAUUACAAACAGAAUUGAUAUAUUUUUUAGCGUAAUCCAAUCUUAGGAUGGGAGGGGGAUGUAGUACAAAGAAGAAAUGGAAUAAUAAUUGAAAAGUUAUGCUGAUGUGCCUGUUGGUUUAGAUUGAAAAUUAUGGUGGAUGUGUUUCCACUCGAAUGUUGAUACGAGAUGUGUCUGUGGUUAAUUGUUUCAAGUAUUUUCCUGUACUUUGUUUCAGUGUGAAUUGUGAAUUUGAUAUGCAUUCUUCAAUGAAAAUAGUAUUAAUUUGUAAUUAUAUUCUUGGAAUGUCCAAAGAAUUGAGUCCAUUUCCUAUAAUACUUCAUUUGAAUUUCGUUGUGCAGGCACAGGAAUAGUGAUAUGAUUUUUGUAUCGUCUUGUUUUGUACUGGCACGUAAAGAAAUGUCAGAUUUCCAAUGGAUUUAUAAAUUUCGAUGUUAUGGAUUUUAUGUCAUCAAGGUUAUAGUUAUGUCUGGAACCCACUUUUUGGGUGUUCAUAACUUCAUAUCAUUGCUUGGGCAUUGAAACCUUAUAUCAGUAUCUCAAAAUGUAAAAUAUUUUAAAGGACAGUGCAGAAAAAGCUUGAUCUUAGAGGUAAACAUACAGUAAAGCGACAACCUUCUUUUGCCAAGAACAAGUUCUUCACAGGAAUUAGGAAACUGUUUUUAGACAAUAUGAUGUUGCCAACAUUGCCAUGAAGAAGCUUAUUCCGAGCUACCUUGAAUUCUUUCAAAGUUUGAGAUACAUGCCCAGCGAUGAUGUGUGUAACUGCAAGGCCACACAUGCUGUAAUAUAGUGAUGUUAUGUAAAGAUAACAGGAUAGAUAUUAGAGUUAUUUUAUAUUAAAUAGUUACUUAUUUUAUAAUUAUUCCGAUGGCAGGUAAAACAAAAGUUACGGUAAUCAUUUUGGUUGUUGACAUGAUUUGUAUGCUUAAUCCACAUAAUGAUAAAUUUAAUAAAUCAUAGAAAUAGUCUUAAGAUCAAGCGCUGAAAUUUAUGUUAUGUGGCCCAUAAAUGUGUCAUUGAAUUUGCUUCAACCAAGAGUAUGGCAAACAAUGCAGUCAUAAAUUAAAAAUUAUUGCAGUAGAACUCUUUGUUAGAAGAAGAAAAAGGAUGGAAAAGAUAUAAGACCUUUCUUUUCCACAAAUUUUGACCAAUCUUUGAGCUUUGUUCUCCAACUCUUUGUAAGCUUGACAUCAAAAUACAUUUCCAUUAAUUUUCUUACAUGCUGAAAAAAGUAAGAUCAAUUUUCAGUGCUUCAGACAUUUUGUUUUCAGAUAAUAUCAAGAGAUAAGAGACCAAAUAAUCAGCGAACAAUGCGUGUUGGAAACAAUUUGUACAAAAACUCAUUUUUUUGAAUCUGUACUCAUUUUUACUCAGAGAUUACAGGAAAUAUACAUGUAGGAAAUAUACAAUGAGCAUGAAAAGAAAUGUCAAUUGCUCAUCUGUUUCUUAUGCUGUAUGUCAUUGUAUGUCCAGAUUAAUCUCGAUCCAUUUUUUAUUUUGAAGUUGAAAUCUCAAACUCUACUUGCUCGUCUGUGUGUGUCCCUUUCAUAUCAGAGGUAUCAAACACGAAAGUGAAUAACUGAGCUUCAUAGUGUUGUAAAUGAAAUGUCAUGAAUCUAUAAAUCAAUAGCCUAUGCAGAAAAAAAAUAAUGGAAAAUUAUGGCUUCUUUUUUCCAGGAUGCACUCAGUAGUGCUUUUUGUGUUAUGGAGUUAUCUCUUUGUUUUGUAAGUUUCUACCUGAAAAAAAUUCUCUUCAUUUUGGAAGUAACUACCUGAAAAUUUCCAUUAGUUCGCACCAUAGAAUCCAUUCCUUUUUUUCUCUUUUUUUCUUAAGAAGACGUAGCUUUCUUUUUGUUCUCCAAUUUACAGUUUCCUCUUUUCUGUUGCUUAUUAGGAGGCAAACGUUUUGUAUAUUUUUAGUUCUUUUAUAAUAAUUUGCUAAAUUGUGUUUCUUUUCUAUAAAAAUCACGCCUGUUCUUCCAUAUAUUUCUUUUUGUUUACGUAGUAUCUAAAUUUCUUUAGGAGAUAAGUUAUGCCAGUCAUGUGUUUAAUAAAAUGAUAGAUGAGUUUUAUUGUUAAAAGUCAUUGGUAUGAAUGAUAUUUAACAAGAAUGGUGGGACUGGAUACACCAAGGUAGUAGCGCCAGGUAUAAACAAAUGUGACAUUUCAUAAAUCUGACUCAUUUGGUUUGAAUAUUUGGAAAAUAUGUAUGCUGGAUCCCGCUGCAGAAGUUACAUUUAAAUGCACCUGAAAAAUCUAUAAAUUUUGGUUCAAGAUCAAGAUACUCUGAUUUUUUUGAGUCGCGUCUGAUUGCAACUCUGUCCGCAACAGGCUCUAGAUAUCACAAAUCUGACAGUAGUGAAACGUGCUGGAAUCUGUCUAUUCUCUCAUUAUCUUGAUUAAUUAAGUAGCAAUUUACAUUGUAUCUGCUGUAAUCUGCACUGUGUAUAUUUAGUGAAUAUUUUGUAAAGUUUACAUUCUUUAAAUUAUUAGGUUUUUAACGUGUUCUUCUGCAAAGCUACGACAUGGGGUCUGUGUUUUGCGAUCAAUUCAUUUCCUGCGGAAGCUGGAGAUCCCUGCACGAACCUGUAGGAACGACAGAAUUCAGUAGAUGAUAGGUCAUUGAAAUUGAAAGGUGAUGAUGGCCUCUUUAAAGCCAUUUUAGUUCCUGAAACCAAAGAGCUUUUGUCAGAUGUCAGGUUACCGAACUGGCUGAUUAAUGUACUCCUGUGUUUGAAAGUCCUUUCUAGAAAAAUGCCUCUAUUGCAGGUUAUGGUGCUGCCAGACACCCAAGUUUUUUCUUCUGUUUGAACAUAUUGGAUGAUAUUAUGAUAGCCUUGCUUUUGUUGAAGGCCUGGUCCCACUGGCCGAUGGACACAAAACGUAUUCAUAAUGGAUACAGCGGACAAGCAAAAUUUAGGGGUGGCUCUAUCCAUUUUCAUCCGCUCCAGACAAUGGACAAAAUGGGCGAACAAUGAAAUAACAGUGUGCGGAUGCUCGAUAGAUAUAGAGCGUAUGAAACACGUAUGCAAAAAGUCCACAAUGGAUACAUCCUAUCUGCAUCCGUAAGUGCAGUGGGACCAAGCCUUAAGUCUAGCUUAACUUUGACCACACUUUUAUGGAAUGCCAGUUCUCAACCUGUUUACCAAGAAAAAAUGAUUCUGAUCCUGCUUUCAAAUAGUUGUCAAAAGAUUUAAUUGAGUUGUGAAAUAGAAAGAAUAGGAAAAAUGUGAAUUUUAAUGAAUUUUAAUUGAUUUAUUAUAAUUGCCAUGAAUAUGCAAGGAAUAUUAUGAAGCUCGGCAUUUCAUAGAAAUGUGGAUUGAAAUUCUAGCUUAGAUAAUGGUUGAACCUAGGUUUUAAUUAUCAGAAUAGCACCCAGCGAUUGAUGAUUUCUGUUUGGUUUGAGUGAAAGAUGAAGAGAAGGAAACCUCACCCAUAAAUUGCCCCUGGGUCUGCGACUACACCGUCUAUUUUUUGUUUGGUUUCGUCCCACACGGUCUAACCCUAAUUCAUCUAAACCAGUCUUGACUCUUUGGCCCGCAUUCACAAAGGUGGAUUCUGCAAAAUCUGGGUUGGUGCUGUUCCAUGAAACUUGAGAUCAACAACAAGUGCAAAAUUUCACUGACCAAUUCGCAACCAGCCAAUGAAAUGUCAUGCUUUCAGUAGCUUGUAACAGUUUUUAUGUUGCUGUUACACAAGUUUUAUGAAACUGGACCCAUGGUAUGUGGAACCUGUCUUAAAAGGAGAUCUGUAAAAUCAAUGCAGAUACUUCUAUGGAAGGCCAGAGAUGUCACAAUUCAUCUAGAAAUAGAACUUGUUACCCCUCUUUUAAAAGGAAAAAAAAAUGAUGCAUGAAUAUUGUAUAUUCAUUAUUUGUCAAGAGGGUGUAUGAUGCUUAAACAUAGGCAUUCUUUCAUUAUACCAUGUACAGAUACUCUUGCAUUAGUCAGCCUUUUCACAAGUCCGAUAUUUGCCUAGGUCAAAGCAAUAUUCUUUUCAGGCCAGAUUAUGAAAAGCAAGUGUUAUAUAUGUCUAAGCCAAAUUCUCUAGUCAAACAGAUAUUUUCAGUUGUAGAUAUGACUAUUAAAUGCACAGCAACCUGUAUGUAAAUGAAUUAUAUCAUUGUUGGCUUUCCAAAGAAGUUGUAUAUCUUGGUCCGACAUGUUACAAAAACACAAAUGUUUCAUCCCUGACCGUUACAUGUGUGUUUCUGGCUUUGCUCAUCAUAGCGAAUUCAGUCAAAAAAGCUUGUGUGGUAAUCUUGGAAUUAAGGAUUCUAAAAUGCUACUAGUAUUACUAAUACGUUUCCGAAUCGACCAAAUACUCUCCUUGAAUGAUAUAACAACGUGAUGAAAUGAUUUGUAAAGUGUGUAUAAUGUGUAUUGUAUUGUAAUCUAUUCUUGUAUAUAAUACAGAGUUAAAGACUGGGGAAAUGUAGUCAUACGAUAUGCACUAAACUGAAUAUUGGUGCUUUGUGUGACAUUCUCGUUCUUUUUUGUAUGCCUCCAACCGUUUUAUGAAGAAAAACAAAAUCAGAUUAAAAUUGUAAGGUGAUGGGCACGUUAUAGUUAUGAUUAUUAUUUUUGGCAGUGGAGGAAUUAUAUGUAGCAAGAAAAGUGUGGCUGAUGUUUUAAUUAUGUAUGUUGAUAAUUGAUGAUGAAUAUGUUAAUAAAAUGCCUGGUCUUUAAUGCAGGAAUUCAAUUAUGAAAAUCAUA